GUCUUCGUCUUCACACUCUCUCUCUCUCUUUCUCUCUUUCUCUCUUUAUAUAUUUAUUUAUAUAUAUAAAAUAUUUGUUAUUUGGAAAACCGCUUUUCGCAACCGAAGCGGUUUUCCGAUUCUUUCAGAUCGGUCCCUGCCGAUUCGAUACGCGUUUUUUUUUUCUCCCAAUUCUGUUUCUUAGGUGAGUUGUGAUUUAUUUUUUCGAAGAUUGAAACAAUGGCUGGAGAGAAGAUAUUGGAGAAACCUGAGCUUUUGGCUGCAGGAAUGAAGCCAGAAUCUGUUGCUGAAUUGAGUGAGCAAGAUGCGGCAUCUGGGAAAGAUGGGAUUCCAUCAGAUUCUACCUCCUACGUCUCCUCUACUAUGGAUGCUACCUCUAGCACCAAAGGUGAGACUGAUCACAAAUCAGUUGGAGAGCAUGGUGAAUACCAUCCACCUACUAGCUGUUACAAUUAUUAUUUCCCAGGAUUUAAUGGAUCCUAUAAUCAGCUAGGUGAUCAUUAUAAUCUUCAAGCAGAUGGUUCUCAUACGGGUAUGCAAUCCGACAAUGCUUCAAUGGUCUAUUAUCUGCCUGGCUACCCAUAUCCUUCGGGGACUCUUGUGGGUGCUGAUGGGCAGUGCGCUGGUCAACAGCAAUAUUUGGCUUCCUCAGGAUAUCUUCAGCAACCUGUUCCCUAUGGAUCUGAAGCAAUGCCUUGUUAUUCAUGGGAUUCACCAUAUGUUGGGGAUGCUCCAAAUGGAAGCUCUGCUGGUUUUGCUAAUGGAAAAUCUUCCCCGGGUUCAACCACUUUUGCAAAGUCUAAUAGCUCCUACUCAAUGAGAACAAAUGGCAAUGUUGCUAGCAAAUUUUCAAAGUCUAUUCCUCAUACACAACCUGUCAGAACAUUUAACAAGGUGCCUCAUUUAAGUUCUGACUUCUCAAAAGGCCUUUUGAAAGGUUACAACCCAAUGGGGAAGUUGUCGCCGUUUACUUACCAAAAACAAGGUCUGUUCCCUCAGAAUGGUCAAGUGAAUUACCGACCAAAUGGGAGAGCAUGGAAUUUAAAUGAUAGAAGUAAGUUGAGAGAUAAAUACAACAAGAAUGGAGAAUUCGAAAACUCAACUGAAUUAACUCGUGGACCUAGGGCAUACAACAAGAGUGCUUCUUCAGACUCAUCUGGCGAAAUUGUGGAUUUGGGGCUUGCAGUUCGUAGUGACGUAUACAACCUUCAAGAUUUCCCAACUGAGUAUGAAAAUGCAAAAUUCUACAUCAUCAAGUCCUACAGUGAAGAUGAUAUUCACAAGAGUAUUAAAUAUAAUGUUUGGUCCAGUACUCCAAAUGGAAAUAAGAAGUUAGAUGCAGCAUUCCGUGAUGUUGAAGCAAAAGCAACUGAGAAAAAUUCCAAGUGUCCAAUGUUCCUCUUCUUCUCGGUUAAUGGAAGUGGACAGUUUGUGGGCGUUGCUGAGAUGAGUGGACAGGUGGACUUUAAUAAAGACAUGGAAUUUUGGCAACUUGACAAGUGGAAUGGGUUCUUUCCAGUAAAAUGGCAUAUAGUAAAAGAUGUUCCUAACACACAGCUGCGGCACAUUAUCCUAGAAAACAAUGAGAAUAGGCCUGUAACUUUUACCCGGGACACUCAAGAGGUUGGGCUCAAGCAAGGUUUGGAAAUGCUGAGUAUUUUUAAAAGUUACACAGCAAAAUCAUCAUUGUUAGAUGAUUUUAAAUUUUAUGAAAAUAGAGAGAAAUCUCUUCUUUCCAAAAGCAACAAGCCUACAACUCCACAAAUGGAAAUGUACAGUAACGUUGAUAUUCCUGAUAACACAACAGGAGAAAGGAAAAUUGAGGUGGAAUUAGGGGCUGCCAAGAGAACUACAACUACCGAUUCCAAUACUCUUAUCCAUCUCACUAAAAAUCUUUCCCUCAAUGGUUCCCCUCUGAAGAGUAGUUCUGUAAAGAAUCCUAUAGGAAAUUCCGCAACAUCAGCUUUUUAGAGUUUUCAGGUUAUUAGGUUAGACAACCCCCCCCCCCCCCCCCCCUUCCUUCUCUCCAUCUCUUUCGAUGUCUUUAUCCCUCCCUUCUACAUUUCAAUUUUUAUUCUAUUCCUAAGUUGGUUUGUGUGUUUAUUUUCUUAGUUUCUUGUUCAGGUUAUUGAGUCCUGGUUUGAUGUCUCUCUUUCUGGUUUAGUUGGAGUUUGGUUUUCGAUACUGAUUUUACAGUUUUGUGCUUGAUUCCAGUUUAUGAGAGUUUAGCAUUUCUAUUUUUCAGUA